UCCCGAGUGCCGGCCGCGCCGCCAGGGAUGGCAGAGCCGCGGCGCUGACCCCAGCCCUGCCCUGCCCAUGGACGGGAAAACCUCACCGACCAGCAGUGUCCCUGCCAGCCUCCAUGCCUCCACAGUCAGCAACAUCUUCGGUGCCCGAGCUCCACAGCCCCGAGAGAGUGUCCUUGGCAUCAGCUUCAAGCCCUACAGCCCCGAGCCCAGCACAGCCUCUGCCGCCUGCACGACCUGUGAGAGCCCACGAUCCUCCAUGUUCAGAGCUCCCUGCAUGAGCCAGCGACGCCUUGCGCUCAUCUUCUGCGUCUCCAUCCUCAUCGUGCUGCUCAUCGCACUCAUCCUGCUCUUUAUGUUCUGGAGGUCCCAGACUGGCAUCAUCUACAAGGAGCCUGCCGAGAGCUGCAGGGACAGCCCCGUGCGCUGCGACGGAGUCGUGGACUGCUCCCAGCGCAGCGACGAGCUGGGCUGCGUGCGCUUCGCCUCCGACCAGUCCUUGCUCCACGUCUACUCCAGCGAGGAGAGCCAGUGGCUGCCGGUGUGCAGCAGCGCCUGGAAUGAGUCCUUCUCCAGAAAGACCUGCAGGCAGCUGGGCUUCCAGAAUGCCUCUCAGACAGAGUACAUCCCCCUGCACCUCUCCGGCAAGAGCCUCACUGUGAGCGAGGAGCGAGAGACCAUCCAGCAGAGCCUCAACAGCUCCCAGUGUCUCACGGGAAAGUACGUCUCCCUCCGCUGCACAACCUGCGGGCAGAGGAUCUCCGGGAGGAUCAUCGGAGGGAAGGAGACCUCGGUGAGCAAAUGGCCCUGGCAGGUCAGCGUGCAGUAUGGCCCCAUCCACAUCUGUGGGGGCACCCUCAUCGACGCCCAGUGGGUCCUCACCGCCGCCCACUGCUUCUUCAUGAACAGCAUGAAGAUCCUGGACGACUGGAAGGUGUAUGGAGGGGUCUCGGACCUGAAGCAGCAGGCAGAGGGCAUCCCUGUGUCCCAGGUCAUCAUCAACUCCAACUACAGCGACGACCACGACGACUACGACAUCGCCCUCAUGAGGCUCUCCAGGCCCUUCACGCUCUCAGCCCAGGUGCGCCCAGCCUGCCUGCCCAUGCACGGGCAGCGCUUCCAGACCGGCAGGUCCUGCUUCAUCACCGGCUUCGGGAAGACCAGGGAGAACGAAGACAACACCUCCCCGAAGCUGCGGGAGGCAGAGGUGAAGCUGAUCGACUACAAGGUCUGCAACAGCGACAAGGUCUACGAGGGCUACCUGACCCCGCGCAUGAUGUGUGCCGGGUACCUGCAGGGGGGCAAAGACGCCUGCCAGGGGGACAGCGGAGGACCCCUGGUCUGCGAGGACAGCGGCCACUGGUACGUGGCAGGGGUGACGAGCUGGGGCACAGGCUGUGGGCAGAAGAACAAGCCUGGCGUGUACACCCGGGUGACGAAGCUCCUCAGCUGGAUUUACAGCAAAAUGGAGAGUGAGAACGACUAAGGCCAGGAGGGAGCCUUGCCUGGGCUGUGCCUCUCGGGUUGGCACGGGCCCCUGCCCUCGGUGACUACCAGGGCAUGAAGCUACCAGCAGACCCCCCCACCUCUCUCAGGGCUGCCCACGCAGCCAGGGACCUGGCACUGCCCCCCCAGAGCCUGCAAAGUGCCUGUGCCCCCAGCCGGCGUGCGGGGGGCGGCCUGGCAGCAGCUGGGCAAAGCACCCUCGUGGCUGGCAGCAGGCAGGGGGCAGCAGCCUGUGCCAGCAGCUGGCCUUGCUGGCUGCUCCCCCCGGGUCUGUGGUUCUCCUGGUGCAAAUAGAUGUCUC